GCAGGGGGAUUCCCCGAGGGAAGUUCCCAACUCGACCAGUCGAUGUAAAACACACAGAACCAUAUCCUCUACUGCGCUUCGGAACUUUGCAUCUCAAGAUUAGGCGACGGCGCUGCGGUGGUGUCAAAACAAUAAAGUCGACUUAAGCAGUUAUUCGAAUGAAGGGCUCAUGUCUGCUGUGUCAGUAAUGAUUGUGGAGCACACGGUAUGGAAAGAAACAUCGGAGACCAGCUCAAUAAAGCUUUUGAAGCUUAUCGCCAGGUCUCCAUUGAAAAGGACAUUGCUAAAAAGGAACUUCAACAAAUGACUGAAUAUUACGAGGGGUACACACAAAAACUCCAAAAGCAGAUAGAGGACCAGCAGAAGUUGAUUUCAAAACUUGAAGCUAAAUUGUCAGCAACGAGGCAACCAUCAGGAGAAAUGAAAUGUGAGCCUUACAACCACCUCCUUGAAGGGGCUGGUCCUUAUAGGAAAAUGCAAUACUCGGAGAAUAUGAGCACUGUUCCUGUGUCUCCUAAUUUUCCAGUCAGUAGUGGCGUUGACUGUACUAUUUGUGUGUUUAUCAGUCAGGAGAUGCUGGAUGCUUUUGAAGCAAUUCAAGUUAAAUUCCGGCAGAUCCGGUCUCUAACCAGAAGACAGAAAGAUCACCUAAAGAGAUUUCAUGGAGGAAAUGAUACACCAAAUGAUCAGCAGUUCUCCAUGCCCAUCCAGUGCACAGACCGUACAGCAGAGGCAGAGAGACCCUUUUCUUCAGCACUAAGGUCACCAGUGGAUAUACCACUCCCGCCUACGUCUCUGGCGUCCCGCGGUGCCAGCCCUGAAGACAGGGAUUUAGACUCUCUCACCAAACUCAGUGUCAAAUUCCCGCCCUCUGCGGACAGUGAAUACGACUUCCUGAACAGUGCUCCAGAAAGACACAUUGAUCUGACCAUGGCCAUGAAGCUGCCUCUCAGUAGUGUUCCCACCACACUGACAGAGGAGGAGCCCGUGGAACUGCCCAUGCCUUUUGUCUACCCAACAUCCCCCUCCCACUCAACAUCAUCCUCACUCUCCCAGGAGAGCGUACGGGGACCCCAGCAGCCUCUCUGGAGCCCGGGGACAGAGCUGGCAACGCCUCAGAGCAGCAGUCCUGAUAAAUGUGCUUUCUGCUACGCUGUGGUUCCUCAGGACCAAAUGAACAGCCACCUCUACUUGCAUUUCUCUCAUAAGACUGAGGCCAACAAGUGAUAGCGGAAGCAGAGACUGACGGGCCGACACCACAACUAUUCCCGAGACUUACUGUGUUCAUGGUCGAGUCAUGCCUGCCAUGAAGUACAUGCGCUGUACUGGAUCUGAAAUGACACUGCAAUGAGACUUGAAUUCAUUUAUUUAAUACUGAAGAAUUGAAUGGUACACUUUCUUGCCCAUUAUAUUUUUCUAAUAUCUCACUGAGAUUUUACUCACUUUAGUACUACACGAUGAUGAUGCACAUAAUAUGGCAUAUAUGAGCAAAUAAAGCCAACAUUUACUCUUUCAGCCUUUAUUGGUUAAUCGAUCAUAAUUUGUAUGUUCAUUAAUAUGGAAAUAUAAGACAGGGUGGGAUGAAUAUAUAACAUAUUCACACAUAAAAACAGACUAUGGAGAGGAUGUGAAUGUAUUUAUUAACUUUCUAUAAAUAUUGUAACAUUUGGAUGAAUAUAUACAUAACAGUUUCCUUGUUUUUAAGCAAAUGAGGUCGAUGUACAUUUGCAUUCAUUUCUGGUGAAAUAUAACACCUUUGCUUU